AUGGAUUACUUGUCCAGCAUCUGUCGAAAUUUCACUGCUUUCGUUACCUUGCAGACUAUACCACGUCGAAAUCAAAAGAUCAACUGUGACGAAAUUCCUAAGCAUAGUCUUGCUCAUACAAUGCUGUCCCCUCCAAGUUCUUGCAGGCUAAGAAGCAGCCGAAAACCUCCCAAGGGUGAGGCAAGUGAGAAUGAGGGUCUCAUGCCGUUAACGCCAGAAACGCCUAGCGCUGGCCGGAAGCGCAAGAUCGUGGAGACAGAAGAGUUCAGUCAGAAUGAUGAUGAGGGGAACGAUUCAGAUACCGACGGUUCGACCCUUAUUGAAGUAGAACGAUCUUCAAAGCGGUUGAGGCUAUUUCAACGACCCCCUAGGCCCUCAUUUCAGAGGAGCAUUUGCACUUCUUCAAGCUAUGAUAGUGAGCAUGAUGGAAGCACGCUCAUUAAAGAUGAGCAGUUUAGCAGGGCCAAGGAGUCCAACAUAAACAGAGAGGAUCUUUUGACGUCGCCUUCCGAUACCUCAUCCGGAAGUGAGGAUGAUGAGUCUUUAGUAUCUCUCGAGGACGGGGAACGGGUCUUUAACAGGAUGGCCAUGGCCAAAGAUACCAAUGCAAGCGUCCCAAUUGUACAAACCCCACCGUCUAGACAACAUCGAAGAAGGAAUCAACCUCGAUAUUCCUGUAGCGUGGGAGAAGCUUAUCGACCAUCCCCAAAGAUUGUCGACAAGAAUCUUUCAAAGCAAAUUGUUCGCCGUGAUGCCCGUGGAAGCGAUCUUAGUGAAGAAGAGAUAUAUGGUUCUAAGUACUCGACAAAAAAAGAGAUUAAGCGUGACUUGAACAUUGAGUUUUGCAUGGAGAAAGCAAAGAGAUGGGCCACGGCGGUGGAGAGGCCGUCUGGAAAUUGGUCUGAUGCAGAGAAAGAUAUGUAUUUCCGGUUGGCCAUGCGUGGGUUUGAGCCAGUACUACCACAUGGUUGGAAGAUGGAUUUUAUGACUCUACCUGAGACGCUGUUCACACUCCCAAAUGAUGAUACUGCAUAUAUCUCUAGUAGAAAUGCGUUUCGAGGUAUGAAAUACUUUAGCAACCUUAUUUCGUUAGGCGGGCGUGUCAGGGACCGCAUAACUUGUCACCUUCGCCCAGAGAAAACGAUCAAACAAUACCUGUACUCUUAUCUUCAAUGGACUCUACGUGACGUAGACAUGUACAGCCGGCCGCAAUUUAUACCCCCUUAUUCUGUGUAUACCCUCAAACCCAAGCAGACCGCGAGAGAUGCAGUUAACAUUAUGAAUUCCAAACUCAUUGCUAUGGCUAAAUGUUAUCAAAACGCCUGGCGCCUGGCCCCCAGCAUAGAAAGCGAUGAUGGAACCGAUAAAAAUGUUGGGGCUGGCCCACAAUAUCAGGACCGCACCUUUCCGGUGAUCACAGGGUAUCUCAUUUGUGGAUCAGUAGUGGCAUUGAUGACACUUGACUCGGACCCUAGGAUUCAUCCUACAUUCGACACUAAAACUAGUGGGCGGUUAAUAUCCCGCUUCGAUUUCUCCGAAUAUGGCCAGGAUGUCUGGAACGCAUUGGCUAUUGCAAUUGCGGCGGCACGGAUAAGGAAGACAAUAGCCCAGUGCGAACAAGAAGGCAUAGGGGACAUGAUGUGGAUGUCUGCUCCAGUAUUUGAUCCACCAGACGAAGAUUUAUGA